AUGCUGCGCAUGCCCACUUACCGACCACAGGCAGGCCUUGUGAAGAUAGAGGCUCGGCUCCAGGCCAUUUGGUGGCUGGCCCAGUGCUCCCUGGCCAGUGCAUCUGCCAUCAUGGAAGAGCAAGGCUACGCGCUGCUGCAUCUCGAGCAUACCUUCGCCGUGUUCGUCCUGAAGGCCACAUGGAGCGCCGUCUCGCCGCUGCUACGCCCUGUGUCGGCGCCAGCUUCAUCCAUCGGCUCCUUGGGCGAAGUUGGCUCAUCUGGGCUGCGCGGCGUUGAGCCUGGCGCUGUGACCUUGUACGACCACUGGCUGAAAGGUUGGCAUUGCUCCGCGGCGGCUCCGGGGCUGUUUGGCUUGGAGACUGUGCGCGGGGCGGCAGAGCUUGCAGCGUUGCGGAACCGAAGUGUGCCCGCAGAGGUGCAGAGGGAGAGCUUGUGCCAGUUCAUCCUGGCCCAUCGGCUUCCCUUGGUGGAUUGGAACGACAUCUGCACCAAGGCGGCGGCGGUCCUGCCGCAAUCUUGGAGAUCUUGGGAACUUCAGGAUCCACUAGAUGAGCCUGGCAAGGCAUACGUCCUCCAGUCUUCUGGCCGCGGCCGCUGCUUGUCCCACCUAGGCUUUUGCGAGUGCUUUCCGCCGUACCGGGGGAGGUUCUGCGAACAUGUGGAGCCUGGCAAGAAGGACAGCUCGCGAAAGUACCGAGCUGUGCUGCACUACCUGGUGGGGGACAGGGAGAAGCUUCUGGCAGACUUCGAACGGACGCUUCCGAUCCUGUGGGAGAGGUUCAACAACCAGGAAGACUACCCGGUGGUCGUUUUUCAUGACGGCAUGUCCAAAGCCAGUCGCAAGCGCAUCUUGGAGGCAUCAUCGAACCGAAUAUGGUUUGCCUACGUGGAGGACUUCAAGUCCGUCCCUGCUGUUUUCAAGGGCCGGAUCGAGCUCGAACUUGGCGGCUACGGACUCGGCUACCGUGGCAUGUGCCGCUUCAGGUCUGGGCCCAUCUUUGUGCAGCCUGUCAUGAAGGGCUUCGACUACGCAUGGACUCUCGACACCGACGGCUACUUCCCAGCAGACAUUCUCUCCGAUCCCUUGGAGAGGAUGUGGCGCGAAGACCGCGUCUACGGCUACUCGCAUGUGUCUCGGGACCAGGCGUCAGCCGUCCAGCACUUCUGGGAGUUCUGCCGUUUGUACUUUGAGUCAAAGGGGAUCGAUCCAAAGGCCACCAAGAUGAUGCGAAGACUCACGGAUGCCCUGGUCUUACGGGACACCUACUGGCACGAGUGGAACCGCGUGCUCUUCAUGAACGACAUUGAGAUCACCAAGCUGUCCUGGUUCCAGAGCCCACAGUACCAGGAUCCAACAGCUCGACUGCUUCUUGCUGUGCACGCCAUGGCAGUCAUAAACUCAAAGGAUUUCGGGUUUGAGUGA